AUGGAGGACUUAAAAUACCGCAAUAUAUUCAUGGCUGCUAUCUUCUCUGUGACCGAACGAGAAAAUACCACAGCCUCUACAGUGAAUUUUCGUCAGACGGAUCGAGGUCAACCAAAAGCUGCUAGAUUAAGAUGGAUUGAAGAAUCGAUUAAUGGUAGUGAUACAGGUGUUGGCGUUGGUGUUGGUGAUGUUGGUGGUGGUUGUGGUGUUGGCAAUGGUGUUGGUGUUGGUAAUGAGGGUGGUUUUGUUGUUGGUGGUGGUGAAAUUGAAACUUACAAUGACAAUUAG